AUGCCUGAGUUCACGCUGUACGCACGGCAGCGCGCAGCACAGGAAGAGGCUGCCAAGGAUCAGCUGCGUGCCUGGCUAGUCUGGCUUCUGAUCAUUCUCGAGGCAACUUCCAUGCUGUGCUUUAUUCAAGUGGCGACGCUCACACAUGGAGUCUUCACGCUGAUCCCUUUGGUUGGGCUUUGUGUGGCUGCCGCGCUCCGCUUGCACUCCAGGCCCCACAUCCUGCUGGCAGAGCCACUUUGCGUUGUGUGGCCGGACAACCAUUCCCGGCACAGGCUUGCCCGCAAGCAGAUGUCCCAGAUCGGAUUUGUCAUGUAUGUGUGGCUGCUGAAGCUUGUUUGCUGCAUGUCUUUUUGGGCAAGCGGGGCCAGCAUCAGCCUCAUGACAGACCUGUGCCCCGAUUCCGUCCCCAUGCCAAACUGCAGUCACUACAAUAGACCGGACGGCUACCAACUUUGCGUAAACAUUCACUUGUUUGAUGAGCCGCCCAAUGCCAAGCGCAAAGAUCUUUACUCAAAACCUGGCGACGCAUGCUGGGAGGAUUGUUCUCCGUGCAAACCGGAGCUGGUGUUGGCUUGGGAACCCCCAGGUAUCCAGUUGGGGUGCAGGUUGUCAACUUGCAGUGGAUAUUGCUGCCAGUGUUUGAACUGCCAGCUGUCACCAAGCCUGCCAAACUGGCUAAAGCAGGGAUGCUCCAGCGGAGCAUUCGCUCCUGGACUAGCGCCCGAGCUUUACAAGUGCCACGACGACUGUCCGUUAAUAAGGCCAAAGCCUCUUCCAUACUACCAAGGGCAGACGUGGAGCUCUCAAAACACGAUGCUCGCACAACUUUCCCGCUGCACCCUGACAGAAGGGAAGCACGAAGGUCAAGUUCAGAUUGCGUUGGCGGUCAUUGCUGCAUACCAGUGCCUGCCUUUGGUUGCUUUGGUCACCAGCCUUUUGCUUAGUGUCGCGUGGUCCCUGCUGAGGGGUGAAAGUGUCUUCAGCAUGGUGGGCGGUGCGCCUGCAGACCUUGAAGCCCUUGAAGCCAUAGACACCAACACAGAGCGCCUUCGUGACCAAAUUGCACGCGGAAGGCUGCAAGCCUCGACAAAGGUGAAGCUCCAGCUGUGGAUGGAGUUCGUCCUGUUCUUGUUGGACUACUUUUCAGAUUACAACUGCUUGCUGCAGUUCUUUCUACAGGGAGCGUACCCUUUAGCAGCCGUACAGGCCUGCAUCAUCGCGGCGCCCGUGGCAUUGGAUUUCUACCGCGGAAAGAUCCAGCUAAUUGAGGUGAUAGGCGGUUUCAACGAUUCACGCAGACGGGGCUUCCCUACGAACAAGUUCAUCCGGGCACUCCGCUCGGAGAAGAGCGUCGAAGCUCCGUUCUCAAUGUUUCUCCAGUAUUACACGCUCUUGCGGACCACGAGCCUCGUGGCAGUCUGGAGCCUGUGUUUCUCACUGCUGCUCAGCCUGCUUGGCAUUGCAAGGCAUGCCUACGGCACGUUUGAGCUUCAGGUGCUGGACGUCCUGGCGCCAACUCAGACGGGGCCAGGCCAGCCAGAGGAAAGCCGAGCCUUGGCAGUGCCGGCGCAGCCCGUUUACCCCCAAUAUCCUCCAGGGCUGGUUCCGGAGCGGAUGGGGCCUCAUUUGAGCCCAGACAUGCCUGCCUUGCCGCUGCCGCCGGGCAUAGCGCAGCCCUGCAGUAUGCUUCCUCCCAUCACAAUGGGCAACCAGAAGGUAAAAGAGACCGAAUAG